AUGGGAAUUUUAUCAGUUUAUCAUAAAUUUAAUGUAAAGGUUUUAUCCUUAGCCAUCCUCGUUUGUUGCUGUCAAGGAGCAUUUUGGGAAACAACAGACGACGUUUAUGCAAGUAAGUGAUAGAGAAAACAUGUCGAUAAGUUAGCAGGUCUCAUGUUGGACUUGGUUGGUGCCCUUGUCUGAGUUUCAGUCUCUGUCAAGUUCAGUAAAAAUUAUAUAAGUUUCUAGCUUCUAACAACGACGGAAAGGGACGGAUAGUUUACUUAUUCUAUUCCAUUUCAAGUACGAAUGCAGUCUGGCUGUAUAAUGCCUAAAAAAUUACCUACAUUCUAGUCACAGGCUUCUGCUACAUUCAAAACUAAACAAGGCAGAAUUUUGAAAAGCAGAAAUUCAGUGCCAAGGUUAAAGAUAGAGAUCACGCAAUGUAGAUCAGAGCAGAAAUCAACUGAAGUAGUAAAUCGCAGAUGCGGAAAACUUCAAAGCAGCGGAAGACGACAGAAUGAAUUGAAGCAUGAGGUCAACGUGGUUUGCUUAUACUCAGUAUCCAGACCUAUCCAUAGUGUCAUCAUGUGAUCACAAGACUUGGUUAACAUGAAAAUAGGUAUAGAAAAAUUCCAAAACGAAGAGCAAAAAUUAAGAAAACGGAACGUCACGUUUUCUUUGCUUGUACAGUCAGUUUUUGUGCUUUCCAACGAACUGGUCAGAAAGAAUUGCUCAAAGAAUUCGUUUGCCUCUCUCAAUGAAAUCAACGGGUAAGGACGAAAAUCCUUGUAAGCCACUUUCUGAGAUACUUUGCGAGGACCAUGUUGAGGAAAAUGAGUGAGCAAUAGAAUUCACAUCUUGCACACACAGAUAGAGAAUUUUAACGCGGGAUUUACUUCGCCUUCACCGCCCGCUAAGCGGUGAGAAGCAAAUUGGCACACAUAACACACAGCUCUGUGCUACAUGAUGUGGUGAUCUUAUCACAUAACGUAUGUCUGUAAAUAAAGUUAUAUAUUACGUAUUAGCCGUAAGACAUGUGGUAAGUACUGCGGAGCCUCUACUCAGGGGACGCCUUUGGGAAAGGGACAGAGUCCCUUAAAGAGGGUUUUCCUUCAAUAGAGGUAGUGGAUACAAAGAUUGUACAUUAUAGAGCCUCCAUUUAGAGGACACCAUCGACACCAGGACAAGAGUCCCUUUAAUGGAAUUUUCCUUCGUAAAAAGGCAGCUGCAUUAAACAAAGAUCGUGUCUAGUUUUUCUCUCCACUGUUUGAAUGGAGUGGCCCCCUUAAUGGAGAGACUUCACUGUAUGUAAUAUUGGUCAGACAAAAAAAGUUUUUUAUUAUACAAAUAAGGUCCGUGGUCAACGCUUUAGAAUCCCCCGGGUUUUAAGACUGAGGUUCAUUAUCAAUCGAUAAGUAUUUUCGAUUCUAAUAUCAACCUCUUUUGUCAUUUAUUUACAUUUGCACGUUUUGCUUGCUAACACAAUGCUGUUAACUCAAAUGCUUUGAGUACAGGAAAAAUAAAGAUUUUGAGGCUAGAAAGUGAAAUAACAAAUAAAAGGAUUUAUGCAAGUAAAAUUCUUCUGGUCUUAAGUGUUUCAGACCAUCCCACCGAUCCAGGAAAUACGGCAAAAACUGAUGAGAUACUUCCUUGACCGUCAAGAUGACUCAAGAGGCAAGCGAUAUAUUUCAUAUCACGACAUUGUGUUCGUUCUCGACUCAUCCAACUCCAUAAGUGAGGCCGAUUUCAAUCUCAGCUUAACCGCAGCCCAAGGUCUGGUGACGCGAUUUGACCCAGAUACAAUGUUUGCUGCAGUAACCAUAAGCACAAAUGCUUCCGUCAACUUUAAUUUUAAGUCGACCAAGGUAAGAAAAACAAAGGUAUAAACGGCCCUAAGGAUUUGAGGUUAUCACAGGUUGUUAAUAAUGGCAAUAGGGUGUGUUAAUCACAGACUAAAAUAGCACAAUGCCACUAGUGAGCUUAGCGNAUCCCACCGAUCCAGGAAAUACGGCAAAAACUGAUGAGAUACUUCCUUGACCGUCAAGAUGACUCAAGAGGCAAGCGAUAUAUUUCAUAUCACGACAUUGUGUUCGUUCUCGACUCAUCCAACUCCAUAAGUGAGGCCGAUUUCAAUCUCAGCUUAACCGCAGCCCAAGGUCUGGUGACGCGAUUUGACCCAGAUACAAUGUUUGCUGCAGUAACCAUAAGCACAAAUGCUUCCGUCAACUUUAAUUUUAAGUCGACCAAGGUAAGAAAAACAAAGGUAUAAACGGCCCUAAGGAUUUGAGGUUAUCACAGGUUGUUAAUAAUGGCAAUAGGGUGUGUUAAUCACAGACUAAAAUAGCACAAUGCCACUAGUGAGCUUAGCGCAACCACAACGACGACGGAAACGGGAAAAACUUUGAGCAAAAAAACUCUGAACGUGCAACACACUUUUUGGCGGGUUUCUUUGCCGUUAUUGCACGCUGCCGUUGUCAAACUUGAUUGAAACGGUAACGAUCGUCGCGACUUCGAUUUCGUCGGAAAUACUCAUACAGAGGCUCAAUUAACAUAUAUUUAAAUGAUCAUUCAGUUCAUUCUUUGCAAAUUAGGCGGUCUUGGUGAAGGAUAGUAAACAGAGGAAAGUACUGCUUAGUAGCUUUCAUUUAAAUGGUCACACUUUGGAUUUCACUCACAAAUUCUUGAGUCAGGAACCUUUGUAAAGAAAAAUAAUCGGAGCAAAGUACUGCUCAGUAUCAAUCAUUUGAAUCGGAUCACACUUCAUUCCGUAGUUAGUGUAGAGGAGACUGGUUAUGAAAUCUGUCAAACGUCACAGUUGAAAGUAACGAGGCUGUAGUUCAUGUCGGAAGCUCCCAGACCGUUUACAAUCCUUUGUCUGCCCCGUACCCAGACGUCUCUCGCUCGAUGAAAAUUGGCGCGCAAAAGAAGGCGGGAAGGAGAAAACAGGAGAGACGGCGCUAAACCUCCCUUCUUUACCCUUCCCUUGGUCCCUUGUGCGUCGUCACCAGUCACUCGCGUUUCGCGCACGCCUCUUUGCCAAACCAUGCGAAAGACGAAGCGCCUGAGGAGGAGGAGGUUGAUUCUUUGUUUUUUUGUUCACAAAUUGUGACUGAAUAAAUCAAUGCAAUGUUUCCGUUGAUCAGAAAGUUCAAACGAUGGGAAUGCUAUUAAACGUUGUGGACGGUCAGGUACAAAAAAGCUAACAAAAAUAUAAAAAAGGAAUCUAACGGGUUUCAUAACCAUUCCACUUUAAUAAAUACGUUCAUUCACAGCGGACCAUACAAACGUUAAAGCACCCUUAUCAGCAUAAUAAAAAGUACUUUGAUGCACUUCAGGGCCUUAUGCUGGCUCAAAUGAUAGACCUAUCAAGUACUACUAUACAGUAAAUAAUACCACAUAAAAGAGGCCUGAUUAAAAGCCCUUGUUACUUUUUUUUCCAGGCUGCUACUGAAAGCAUUGGCAAAAUUCAAUAUCAAGGGGGCAAGAAAAACAUCUUAAAUGCCUUAAAAAAGACGCUUAACGUGCUAUCUCUGAACGCUGACUCGGGUGUUCGCGCCGGAAGUCGGAAACGUGUGUUACUGGUGACUAACGGACCAGAUGACCGGAACGUGAAUGAUACGGAAAAGCUACAAAAGAUCAUUUGGACAGCAAUACAGUUACGAAUUCGAGGACCAGAAGUUUUUGUAGUGGUUGUUGGCCAUAAGAUACCAAGAAUUGAAGAGCUUAUUCAGAUAGCAAGUUCGACCGACACACACUUCUAUCGUGUAUCUGAUAUGCUUUCUUUCAAACAAAUAGUGGAUGGGAUCCCUGUUCAUAUUGUUUACCAAGAACAAAACUUGGGCAAAUAG